GUGCGACACCCCAAUACUAUGACACCGCUCAAGCGGAAGCGCGGAGUUGCGUCCAAAGCAAGGCCGGCGGUGGUGGAAGACGGCGCGGUGCGGACGGCGGAUGCACCAUCAGACCCGUAUAACUGCUCUCUUCGUGCAUGUUCCUUGGAAGAUCACCAUCCUGUGAGCGUUGCGAAAUCGGCACCGCAUGCAAGGAAACCCCGAGCAGCGCGACAGCGACGCAAUUGCCAAGACAAUCCAAACUGCUUGUUUGGGCUUGGCGAAUAUGCUGAUGGCAUCUGGAAGACAAACCCAUCCGUUCUUGCAGACCUCGGCCCUGAUCCAUCUACAAUGCUGCGUUCUCCUGUAUCGGAGGAGGACACGAACAACAAUCACGACGAAAACGGCGCCCGUCCUUGUGGUCUGCGCAAUUUGGGCGCGACGUGUUACGUCAACAGCAUGGUCCAAUGCCUCUUCAUGACGAUGUCCUUUCGGCGCGCCGUGCAUGAGUGGGAACCCAAGGAGACCCAGCAUUUGAGUCCCGUGCUUCUGGCUCAAAUGCAAGCGUUGCAACGGCUAUUUGCCCACAUGCAGCUCGGGGCGCGGUCGUUUGCCGACCCCCAGGAGUUUGCGUCGAAAUUAGAGUUGAACAACGUGGUCCAGCAAGACGCCCAUGAAUUCACCAAGCUCCUGUUGACCCAUCUGCAAUCGAUCUUUGUCUAUUCAAAGCAUCGCGCGCAUUGGAACCACAUCGACAGCCACUUCCGCGGCAGCAUGCACUACGUCACAACGUGCGGCACGUGCCACGCGCGGUCCACGAAAAGCAGUUCGUUCUUUGAACUGUCGGUCAACAUCAAAGGCCACAGUUCGAUUCACCAUUCGUUUCAGUCGUACCUCGCGCCCGAGAUUCUCGACGGCGACAACCGAUACUAUUGCGACACUUGCCACGGCAAGCAGGACGCGUCCCGGCACAUCGAAAUCGAACCGGCGACGUUGCCGCCGACGCUCAUGCUGCAUCUCAUGCGAUUCGUGUACGAUGUCAAGUCCAAUACAAAGAAGAAGGUGCAGGACGCGAUUGAGAUUCCGCUCGAGUUGUGCAUGUCCGAUUUGACGUCGGCAAUCCCUCCAACGUCGUCGUCGCAAGGGCGAUAUCGCCUCGUCGGCGUGCUCAACCACCGCGGAACGACGGCGUCCGCUGGCCACUACACUGCCAACCUAUUCCAUCCAACGUCUGGAAACUGGUUCUCGUUCGAUGACACGCAAGUGUCGCCGAUUGAACCGGCAUCGUUCCUCGCGUCCAAGGAAGCGUACAUGUUGAUUUACACCCGUGUGAAUGAAAAUGCCAGUGGGCUGGACGACGACGCGGCUGCCAUGCCAGCGCCACGUUUGGUGGCCGAAGUUGAAGCAGCCAACACCCAAUUCCUCCAAGACAUAGCAACGUACAAAAACCAGGUCGCAGAGGUCACCGAGUCGAUUGACAUUCGAAAGGCCAAGUACGAAUACCAUUUCGAGUCGCCAGUGGGGGGCAAGAAAAAGGUUUACUGGGUCCACACGGCCACGUUGAAGGACUGGGUCGUGGGCGACGAUCUCGGCAGUCACCCCCGACCGCCCGUGGACAUGAAUCCGUACGUGUGUCCGCAUGGCCAUCUUCGCCCGGACAAGUGCUCCCACCUCAAGCGCGUGUCCGAGCCGUUGUAUCGGGAGCUCUGCAGUGCGUCCGUGGCGCCAAAUGCUCUGUCGUCCGACGAGUUCUGGUGCGACGAGUGCGUGGCGACGAAUGCGACCAAGUCGUUGGCGUCGCAAUCGCACAACGAACGGCUGAAGCGCAACCUCGAGUUGCUCUGCAACUCGACGGACGAACACUUUGUCAUCAGUCGCAAGUGGAUUGCGUCCUGGAAGGUGUGUUUGCAAGACGCACUUGCAAUCAAGCAGCAAGAGGCCAAGGUGCACGAAGCGCAGGAAUGGCUCGCGUCGAUGGCAAUCAACCAAGACAUCCAGUGCACCCACGGCAACCUCCAGCCGAAAUCGAAAAAGCAGGUUCGGGGCAUCUCGUCCGAACUGUGGGCUGUCCUCGCGACCGAGUACACGGUGAGCGCCGUGUUUCCAAAGCAGUCGACUGUCGAGUGCCAGGACUGUGUCACGGACGCGUCGACGCAACAAGCAGCCGAGACACGUGCCCAGAACAAGCGAAACGAGCUCAUGGCGAAGCAUCCGGCGCUCGUUCGACUGUAUAAGCGAUCGCUGGACCAUCUUGAGACGAUCCCAGUCAACCAACCCGUCGUGUUGGUGUCAAUGGCGUGGCUCGAGACGUGGAAGCAUUCGAUCGACCACGUGCUUGAUACCGCACCACAGCAACUCCCGCCAUGUCCGGCGCUGUGCGAACACGGCAAGUGUGUCGUCCCUGGACAUGUGCUGGACCAACUGGAUCGCCGACACCUCAAACACAAGCUGCUCCAGCACACUAGGCGCCACGGCAGCAGCGAUGCCACGAUGGUGUUUUUCGACGAAUGGGAAGCACUGCAUCACGUGUACAAGUCGUCCAGUCGUCCGUUGAGCUUUGUCGUCGAGGACGGACAACACGUUCGAUGGGGGCAGGCGACACGAGAUGGCUUUGUUGACAUGCCGUCCCUUCGAUGCACCGAAUGCGAACUCAAGCAGCAGACCAACCGGUUGGCACGGGCGGUGGAUUUCCAGGACGAGCUUGUGACGGUGAUUUUUCUUCGAGAAGAAGAGGCGAUCCCAUCGACAAGAGGCGGUGCCGAGGUCGUCGGCGCAGACCAGCAGCAACGUCGUCGGUCCAGCCGGAGCAGUCGACGGACGAACCCGACAUUCGAAGUCCCGUGCAGCGCCGACGACACUGUGUCGCUGCUCAAGCAUCGCAUUUAUGAGAGGUGUGACACAGCACCGAGCCACCACUUGCUCUACUUCAACGGCGAUUUGCUCGACAACGCGACGUCGUUGAAACACGCUGGAAUUCGAGCCCACGACUCGCUCUACUUGAAAGUUCUCACGGACGAAACCCCUGCCGACGUGCUGGAUCUAGUCACAAACGAAAGCGAGAUCGAAGUUGGAUUCCAGCACUCGGCCAUCUCGGGACAUCGGCGCACCAGUGUGUCGUCGUCGUGGGUGUGCGAAGAAUGCACCUUCGUCAACGAUACGUCACAAAGCAACGUGUGCGAAAUGUGUCUGGCCGUCCGCCCGUCAUAGCUCUCGGUCACGUCCAUGUCAACCAUGACUCGUGUUGUAUCCCAAUGGACAAUGUGUUGGUUCGAGUCGAACGCGUCAUUGCCCGUGCAACCAUCCAUGGCUUUGUGGCGUCGCCAAGGGGAGGUCCCCGUGAUGCUGGCACCACCCACUCGAUGAUAAUGAUGGCCCCCUUACGUGAGACUGCUGCG